AUGUCAUCAUCAGACGGCACCAUGGCCGAUGAUAUUUUUGAACCGGGCGCAAGAUGGAGUGAGGGCAGGAAACCGGAAAUCCAGGUUUGCUCCGUUUCUACGCAGUUUAGAGUUCGCUAUCUUUCAGCAUCUCUGAAUAUUCCACAACGGCCAGAAUCAGUUCACUCUGCCUGUAGGUUAUUACUAUCUAGUCCCUUGGCAUGGGUUGUUGACGUCAAGGCGGUAUCUCUUUUUUCCCAACUUGCUUUAAUGACGGGCUAA